AUGUACCUCAAGGAUUUGAUAAUAGGAAUAGUGUUCUUACUUCAGAGUACAGUUGGGAUUUUGGGAAAUUUCUCUCUUCUUUCCUGCUACCUGAUCAAUUACUAUAUUGAACAUAAAAUAAAGACUUCAAAUUUAAUUCUUUCACACCUAUUCACAGCCAACUUUUUGAUCCUUCUUUCUAAAGGACUGCUCCAUACAGUGCAUACUUUUGGGAUAAAAGGAUUUAUCAAUGACUUUGGCUGUAAAUUACUUUUUUAUAUUCAAAGACUGGGCAGAAAUAUGUCCAUUAGUACCACAUGCUUCUUGAGUGUCUUCCAGGCAAUCACCGUCAGUCCUAGGAACUCUUUUUGGAUGAACCUUAAAGUCAAAGCUCCACAUCAUAUUGGUCUCUUCACUUCUCUUUGCUGGAUUCUCUACAUGGCAUUAAACAUGAUUUUUCCUGUUUAUUUGUAUAGCAAGGAGAACAGAAAGAACCUGACACAUGAAACUCCUCUCAAAUAUUGCUCUAAUGUAGCUGAUGAUGACUUUAUGAACCUAUUCUAUACUACAAUUAUUGUUCUUCCUGAAAUUUUGUUUUCUUUCAUUAUCAUCUGGUCGAGCACCUCCAUGGUUGUCAUUCUCUAUAUGCACAAGCAAAAUGUUCAACAUAUCCAUAGCAUCACUGUUUCCUCCAGAACAUCGCCUGAGUCCAGAGCUACCCACAGGAUACUGGCUCUCAUGUUCACCUUCAUAGGUUUUUGUGCCCUCUCUUCCAUCUUACAAGGCUGCAUUGCUCUUGUAUAUAAUCCUGGUUGGUGGCUGAUAAACAUCACAGCAAUCAUUUCUAUGUGUUUUCCUACUUUGGUACCUUUUGUGAUUAAUCGUGACCCAACUUUGCCAGCAUUAUGCUCGCCAUGA